CCGAAUUUGUUCGCUUCUUAGCCUGCACCCAAACCAGCUUAAACCUUCGUGCUCACCCCCACCCUACAGCUUCUCCAGCCGUCUGGGUUCUGGGGCAGCCCUCCCUGGCCCUGGCUUCCAGAACCAGGCCAGGACUCCUGAUUUGAUAACUCGAGGAAGCCCUAGAGUACAUCUGAGGUCCACUAUUUGAGAAAUGCUGUCUGAAAGAGUGAAGUCAGUCUAUGAAAACAUCUCUCAAAUGUGAGUCAUCUCUGCAGAUGAGAGCCUGGCUUGGUAGCUGGGCUGGGCUUCCUUCUCAUCAGAGCUUAGUGAACUCAGACAUCACUGUUGGACUCCUUGAAAAGAGAUGAGGACAGAAGGUGCCUGGAAGCAGCCCCUGAAGCCAGCUGGAAGGCGCAGUGGCGCGGAUUCCCGGAACAACCCGCAGAGGCUCCCAGGAUGAGCGGGUGGCGGUGGCUGCUACCGCGGCGGCGGCGCUGAUAGGACACGGGCUCUAUGCCUUUCCGGCUGCUUGUCCCGCUCGGCCUCCUGUGCGCGCUGCUGCCCCUGCACCAUGGUGCGCCAGGUCCAGGUGGCACCGCGCCCGACCCCGCCCACUACAGGGAGCGAGUCAAGGCCAUGUUCUACCACGCCUACGACAGCUACCUCGAGAAUGCCUUUCCCUACGACGAGCUGCGACCUCUCACCUGUGACGGGCACGACACCUGGGGCAGUUUUUCUCUGACGCUAAUUGAUGCCCUGGACACCUUGCUGAUUUUGGGGAAUGUCUCAGAAUUCCAAAGAGUGGUUGAAGUGCUCCAGGACAACGUAGACUUUGAUAUUGAUGUGAAUGCCUCCGUGUUUGAAACCAACAUCCGAGAUCCCAACUUUAUGGAGGUUAUCUUUUAUCAGACUCUCCACUUUGUGGUAGGAGGGCUUCUGUCUGCUCACCUGCUAUCAAAGAAGGCUGGAGUGGAAGUAGAGGCCGGAUGGCCCUGCUCUGGACCUCUCCUGAGGAUGGCUGAGGAGGCAGCCCGAAAACUCCUCCCAGCAUUUCAGACCCCCACUGGCAUGCCGUAUGGAACGGUGAACCUGCUUCAUGGCGUGAACCCGGGAGAAACCCCUGUCACCUGUACAGCAGGGAUCGGGACCUUCAUUGUAGAAUUUGCCACCCUGAGCAGCCUCACUGGUGACCCCGUGUUCGAAGAUGUGGCCAGAGUGGCCCUCAUGCGCCUCUGGGAGAGCCGGUCAGAUAUUGGGCUGGUUGGCAACCAUAUUGAUGUGCUCACUGGAAAGUGGGUGGCCCAGGACUCGGGCAUUGGGGCUGGCGUGGAUUCCUACUUUGAGUACCUGGUGAAAGGAGCCAUCCUACUUCAGGAUAAGAAGCUCAUGGCCAUGUUCCUAGAAUACAACAAAGCCAUUCGGAAUUACACCCGCUUCGAUGACUGGUACCUGUGGGUGCAGAUGUACAAGGGGACUGUGUCCAUGCCGGUCUUCCAGUCCCUAGAGGCCUACUGGCCUGGUCUUCAGAGCCUCAUUGGGGACAUUGACAAUGCCAUGAGGACCUUCCUCAACUAUUACACUGUAUGGAAGCAGUUUGGGGGGCUCCCGGAAUUCUACAACAUUCCUCAGGGAUACACAGUGGAGAAGCGAGAGGGCUACCCUCUUCGGCCAGAACUCAUUGAGAGCGCAAUGUACCUCUACCGUGCCACGGGGGAUCCCACCCUCUUAGAACUUGGAAGAGAUGCCGUGGAAUCCAUCGAAAAAAUCAGCAAGGUGGAGUGUGGAUUUGCAACAAUCAAAGAUCUGCGAGACCACAAGCUUGACAACCGUAUGGAGUCUUUCUUUCUGGCCGAGACUGUGAAAUACCUCUACCUUCUGUUUGACCCAACCAACUUCAUUCACAACAAUGGCUCCACCUUUGACGCGGUGAUAACCCCUUAUGGGGAGUGCAUCCUGGGGGCUGGGGGUUACAUCUUCAACACAGAAGCGCACCCCAUCGACCCCGCUGCCCUGCACUGUUGCCAGAGGCUGAAGGAAGAGCAGUGGGAAGUGGAAGACUUGAUGAGGGAAUUCUACUCUCUCAAACGGAACAGGUCAAGAUUUCAGAAAAAAACGAUGAGCUCGGGGCCAUGGCAACCUCCAGCAGGGCCGGGAACGUCCUCCUCUGAAAACGAAGACGAGGCAAGGGACAAGAGGCCUACCAAGCAGAAAAUCCCACUCCUCAGCUGCCCAAGUCAGCCCUUUACCUCCAAGCUGGCAUUACUGGGACAGGUUUUCCUGGACUCCUCGUAACCACUGGAUGACUUUUUUGUUUUGUGUUUGAUAUAAAAUAUGACAAUAACUCUG